UGACGUUGCAGUUCAGACAGGGCUGCGAGGGCUCGCAGGGUGUUUGCGCGUUCACGAGCCGCUGUGUUGACGGACCCGACAGUGUGCAGGAGAGGCAAUAUGUCUGCCACAGCCGCCGUGCAGCAGAACAACAAUGAAGAGUCAGGCCUGAACGACAGUGGGAAUGAGAGCAUCUUGCGCACUGUGGCCAGUGGCUCCUUUGGAUGCCCCAGAGAUGCUCCAGCAAGGUCCUGGGUGGAGUUGGAAUUGAAUGGGAACAUGGCAUCUGGGAGGCAGCAGCUGAUCACAAGCCUGGCUGCCUCUGUGGCCAGUAGGAUCCAAGGUGAGACUGAGCCACCACAACCUCGGCAGGCCAUGCAGGAAGUAGAGGAAGAGAACCUGGCUGGAGGACUUGAGCAUGUCCCAUCCUCCUCCUCCAUCCAUAAUGGAGACAUGGAAAAGAUACUGCUGGAUGCCCAGCAUGAGUCCAGCCCCAGCGGGUCCUCCUGUAAUAGUCCGCCAAGACCCCACAGUCCUGAGCAUGACGAAGGCCUGAUUACCUUUGAUGUGGAGAUGCCCAGUGAGAAAGAUUGUCAGUCAGAUGAUGACAGUCUGGAGAAGGACAAAGAGGACAAUGUCCUCAUGGUUAAAGAGGAGGGCUGGGUGGCAGACUGGUCCAGUCGACCUGAAAAUAUUCCUCCCAAGGAGUUCCAGUUUCGGCACCCAAAACGCUCCGGUCCAGUUUUUCUGAGUAUGAGAAAGACAGGUGCUAUGAAGAAAGGUGGGGUGUUCUCAGCUGAAUUUCUCAAAGUGUUCAUUCCCUCUCUUCUGCUUUCUCACAUCCUCGCCCUGGGAUUGGGGGUCUAUAUUGGAAAGAGGCUGACUACACCUUCCACCAGCUCAUUUUAAACAGAAACAAAUACCAGUGCCUGAAAUUUAUAUAAGAUGCAGUGGUGGCAAAGUUGUGUCCAAAUAUCUCUAACUUUAUUUGUAUGUUAGACUCUCUCUAUCCUACUUAUUUUUCCCAUAUUCUCAGCUAUCAUGCUGAAAUUCUUCAUGACCCAUUACCAGAAAAUGCUAGGCAGUUUAGUGUGUUCACCUUGAGUUAAUAUUUUGCUUGCCCUCUAACAUUGUGUUAAAUGGAUUGGUUUUAGGUGUUUAAUCUCCCUUUCAUAUUUUAAGUUGUUAUGAACUAAAAACAAAGCUUUUGCCCUUUUAUGCUGAUAUGCAAGGCAUAAAAAGUUACAUUUUGCCCUUUUAUGCUGAUAUGCAAGAAGUUACAUUUGUGAUGCCCCAAACUUGUACAACUGCUACAACCACCAGCACAUUACCAAGCUAUCACUGUGUUGGGUAUAGCUUUAUAUUACAAAAUGAUGGUAAAUGGCUGAUGUGCAAUUGGAAGUAGAAGAUUGAGGCCCCCCCCCCCCCCCAAGUUUCCAGUUAAACACAUUUAGACAGAGAGAUUCUGUUUGAUGAAGCCAACCAAUUAACUUGUGCCAUCUUUAAAGAAGGUCCUUUUCUAGCAUUUUAUAUUAUUUAUAUUAUUCCAGUUCUAGGACUGACGUCUUAAAUAUGCUGUUUGAUGAAGGAAAGAUGAAAAGAUGCUAGUAGAAUUUUUAGUUACCAGUGUAAUUUCCCAUGGCACAUCUGAUGCACCUUAAAGAUUGAUAUAAGGCAAAAAGGUUUUAAAUAGACUGUUAAUAGCACAUACUUGACCAAUUUGGCUUAAUAGAAAAUUAUCUGCCUCACCUAGCCUUGUAUUUGUUUAAACUGUGUAUCAGGAAGUGACCCUUGUUUGGUAGGGACCACUCCCUGAUUUUCCAAUUUAAAACCAUUUUUUAAAGAAAAUAAGGGUUUAGAAUACAUAGAUAAACAAGGAUACACCCUGAGGAUGUGGGAGUACACACUAGAAAAAUAUAUUUUCUCUUAUUGUAUACAGCUUUCCAUUAUGUUCAAGAAGUUAUCUAUCCAGACCUCACAAAAAUAGUCAGUAAAUAUGAUUAGCUGUAUUCUCCAAAUAUAAAUAGAGGUCUCAGGUAAAGGUAUGAGGGACUGAUUAUCGUAGCACUCAGUGGAACAUGUGCAUGCUUCCUAAUUUUUAAGAGAGAUUACACUGCAAUGAUUGCUAAAUGCACAUUCAUUUGUCAUGAUGCAUAUCAUUCUGUUCUGGAUCAGGUUUAAAGAAACAUCAUGUGCUUCUGAGUGCCAAAGGGUCUCAACAGUGAUGGUUAUAUCUGUAAGACCCAAUACUGUCUCAUUCUGUAGUUAAUCUACAUGUGUGAGGCAUGUUUGAUUUGAUCAGCUGUUCUGUUGCGCACUCCAUUUUGGCAUUAAAAAUGCCAUGCAAGACAUUUCAUUGUAACUGUGUAAUCAUGUACUUUAGAUUUGUGCAGUGUGAAACAUUUCUGUUGUCAUCUGUCAUGUAAUAAUGCCAAGUAGGAACCUCCCCCCCCCCCACACACACACACACACUUCAGUGUUCAAAGGUACAGUCUGUGAUGUUUUUCCUCCUUUAAAUACCACAGUGUUAGUGGAAUGAUCUGCUUUAUGGUUCUUGAAACAUAAAGCUAGCCAAAGUUUAGUGAGAUGAUGUUUAAAACUUUAACACUCCUGACAUAUAAUUUGGCCAUUUGAGAGUUUUGAGAAGGACUUCUCUGAAGAAUAUUGACAUUUAUUGUUAGGGGUGGCGGCACAUUGGUGUAGUGGUUAGCACUGUCACCUCACAGCGGUCCUGGGUUUGAGCCCAGUGGCCGAUGGGGGCCUUUCUGUGUGGAGUUUGCAUGUUCUCCCCAUGUCUGCGUAGGUUUCCCCCACAGUCCAAAGACAUACGUACAGGUUAGGGUAACUGGUGGUACUAAAUUGACCGUAGGUGUGAAUGAGUGUGUGAAUGGUUGUUUGUUUUAUGUGUCAGUCCUGCGAUGAUCUGGCAACUUGUCCAGGGUGUACCCAGCCUCUCACCCAUAGUCAGCUGGGAUAGGCUCCAGCUUGCUUGCAACCCUGCACAGGAUAAGCGGUUACAGAUAAUGGAUGGAUGGACUGUUUUGGGUAGAUUUACACAAAUUAAAUUUUACCUCAGAUAUUUUACCCUAAGCAUGAGCUUAACAAACAUUAAAAUGUUUGUGAUCAGAGUGUGAUUCUUGGGGGAGAAGGAAGUUUUUUGUUUUUAUAUAAUGCCUAAGGGCAGGGGUUUUCAAAGUGUGGGGGAGUCAGCCCCCCCUCAGAGAGCAAAUAAACAACAGCGCCCCCCCCCCCCAAUUUUUGUUGUUGCUAUACUUAAUGUUCCAUUCGUAUUUUAAAAAAAAAUGGUUGUUGUACACAUUUUUUUUUCUUUUACACAUUUUAAACAUCUGUGCUUUUUGAA